ACACGUGAAGCCUGAUUUAUCAGCCGUUCAGCACUAGAAGAGAGAGACACAGAGAGAGAGAGAGACAGAGAGAGAAAGAGAGAAAGAAAGGAGAGGAGAGAGGCUCAGAGGAGAGCGUGAGAGAGAUAUAGAGGAAGAAAUAAAGAAAUAGAGCAGGCUGACUGACUGGCGUAGGAGAAUCUGCUGCUCAAUCCCAUCACCUGUAUCCAGAUCUUCACUGCCUCGUCAAGAUGAACCACAGCUCCAGUGAAAAAGAGCCAGAGACCAUAGAGCCCCUGCGCUACCUCAGUAAAACAGAGAUGGCUGCCAUUGAAAAUGAGCUGGUAAAGGAUUAUCGCUUUGGGCAGCAGCAGCUGAUUGAGAUGUGGGGUCAUGCAAGUGCUCUCGCCAUCACCAAAGCCUAUCCUCUGAGCUCCCUGACUAAGAAACAGCCCACAGUGCUGGUUAUUUGUGGCCCGGACCAGAAUGGCUCCAUUGGGCUGGUGUGCGCUCGUCACCUGCGCAUAUUUGAGUACGAACCCACUAUCUUUUAUCCAAAGCGCUCUUCCCACAGCUUACAUCAGGACUUCACCGUCCAGUGCGAGAAGAUGGACAUUCCCUUCCUCUCUUAUCUUCCGACUGAGGUGCAGCUCAUAAACGAUGCCUAUAAUCUGGUGAUUGACGCUAUCCUGGGCCCAGAAACGGACCUGAAGGAUGUGAAGGAGCCCUAUUCUGGAAUUUUGGUCACUCUGAAACAGGUGAAGAUACCCAUCGCCAGUGUGGACAUGCCUUCAGGCUGGGACGUAGAUGAAGCCAGUGAAGACGGGAUAGCUCCAGAAGUUCUCAUCUCGCUGACGGUCCCCAAAAAGUGCGCCACAAGUUUCUCUGGGAAGCACUUUUUGGCUGGACGCUUUCUUCCGUACGACAUGCAGAAAAAAUACGAACUCAACCUGCCCGAGUUUCCAGGCACAGAAUGCCUUAUAGAAUUGUAACCCUUGCACUACAAAGUUCAUAUUUUGGAUAAACAAGGAUAAACUCUACUAAACUUCUUUUGUAUUUUAUAGGUUGUUAGUGUGGUACAUUGUUGUUUAGACUUACGUGCGCUGAGACUGUUGUGGUUGCAAAUGCAAUGUUUAGAUACCGUGUGGAACUGAAGUUACUUUUUGUGUUUGCUUGAAAAUGGAAUAUUUUUUAUUUUUAAGAGAAUGAUGCACUUCAAAUUUAUCCCGGCUUUAUUUCUUCAUUAUGUUCAUUUUAUUUAUUUAUUUAUAGUUAAAAAAACAUACCUAUAUUGAGAGUGUAAAGGCUGUAAAUUUCUUAAAAACUGGUUAAAGCAUUUAAAGCAUCUAUGAUCCAUCCACACAUAUCUGGAUAUAUCUAAAAAAUAUAGGAAUCUCCAACAGCAAUUCUGAUUUUUUUUCUGAGGACACAAAUGUGCAAAUGCAGUGUAAGGAAAAACUUUUGUUUAAUGUCAGAGUUUUCAAAAAGCGGUGGUUUUGGUUUGAUAUGUGUGGAUGGAAACUGAAAGCAUUGAUGGAUUUGAUAGAUCCUCAGUUUUUAGUGUACUUCCAUGGGCUGUUUUUUAUAAUAGCUGUAGUAAAAACUGUACAUUACAGAUUUUUUUUCUUUCUUUUUCAUUUCUAAAACUUGAAAAUGCUUGAAAACUAGCCACCUAGAAAGGCUCCACGUUAUCCCAGCAGGCUGAAGCUAAACCCCUUUGUAUGGUUAAAUGGACCAGUGCAUAGCUGUAGUUUGGAUAGGUUGUAUUUUAAUGGCCAUUUCAGACCCUGAAUUCCAAAUAAAUUCUCUAUGAAAACGUUAA